AUUGAUGAAUCAGCUCUGACGAAGAAUGAUCGAUGAAAAAGACAUGUCUGUAAACAAUGCGGCUUUCGCUAAUCUUAUUGAUUCUUUGUGUAGAGAAGGGUUCUUUCAUGAAGUUUAUAGGAUUGCAGAAGACAUGCCUCAAGGGAAAAGUGUAAACGAGGAGUUUGCCUUCGGCCAGAUGAUAGAUUCGCUUUGUAGAGUGGGACAAAACCAUGGGGCGUCGAGAAUUGUUUACAUAAUGAGAAAAAAGGGGUUCCUCCCAAGUCUUGUUUCAUAUAAUUCUAUAGUUCAUGGUCUCAGCAAAGAGGGAGGUUGCAUGAGAGCUUAUCAGUUGUAUAAAGAAGGUACUGAAUUUGGAUACUAUCCAUCACAGGCUACAUACAAAGUUUUAGUGGAAGCUCUUUGCCAGGAAUCUGAUAUCUGCAAGGCCAAAGACUUACUUGAAUAUAUGUUGAGCAUAGAAGCAAUAGACAGAACUCGAGUCUACAAUAUAUUCUUAAGGGCACUCUGCAAUUUGGAUAAUCCCAGUGAGCUUCUUAACGUACUUGUUUCCAUGCUUCAGAACCAAUGCCAGCCUGAUGUGGUUACACUCAACACUAUUGUAAAGGGAUUGUGCAAAAGCAAAAGAGUUGAUGAAGCUCUACAAGUUCUUAAUGAUAUGUUAGCAGGGAAUCUGUGUGCUCCAGAUGUUGUGACGUUCACAACAGUUAUCUCUGGUUUACUAAAUGAUGGAAGAACUGAUGAGGCUUUUCAUUUAUUACGUGUGAAAAUGCCUGAAAACGGUCUUAAGCCUGGUAUUGUGACUUACAAUGCACUUCUUCGUGGACUAUGCAAAUUACAGAAGGUUAAUGAGGCAAUGGAUAUCUUUUGUGAUGUUCUGAAAGAUGGAAAAGGUUUCAACAGUACUACUUGCACAAUAAUGAUCGAGGGUUUAUGUAGAUCGAAUAGAAUAGAUGAAGCAAAGAGAUUUUGGGAUGAUGUGGUUUGGCCUUCAAAAAUCCACGACGAUUUCGUUUACGCAGAAAUAUUGAAAGGGUUAUGCGGUUCGGGUAAAUUCAAUGAAGCAUGUGAUUUCUUAUAUGAAUUGGUUGAUUGUGGGGUUUCUCCAAAUAUUGUAAAUUAUAACAUUCUGAUCGACAAAGCUUGCAAGUUAGGUUUGAAAACACAGGCUUACCAGAUCUUAGGAGAGAUGGGAAAGAAUGGUUUGGCCCCAGAUUCCAUAACAUGGAGAAUUCUGGAUAAAUUACAUGGGAAUUUAAAGAAAGAGAUGGGUGAUUUCAAUCAAGUUAGCAGUUGAGGAAGGUUGCAGUAACUGUAGACAUACACAAGAAGAAAUGAUCGGCAUUAGAA